AUCAUACUGAACGAAAUUGUAUCCCAAACAUCUGCGAACGCCAAACUCAUCCAAAAUGAAAGUAUUCCAAGUGCUUUUUAGCGUUAUGCUAUCCGUUUUAUUGUUGGCAUCAUCCGUUUUUGCUCAAACUUAUACCGGUCCCACUGCACCCACGGAGCAGCCGACAGCGCCAACUUUGGAUAGCGCAACCACUGACGACGGUCCACCGAGUGUCUCCGUAACUCCCGCAGCUGCACCAACUUCAACCGUGUCUGCACUGUAUGGCACCACCGCCAAAGCAUAAACCGCAAUAUCUUCACAAAAUUUUGCCUUUACAAUUUGCAGUCUUUGUUCUAAAUACAAUGAUGUAGAAAGAUUCUGAAAGCAU